ACAGAAAAAAAAAAAACAAGAAACCAGAUAAUAACAGGAACAACCACUCAAGAAGAAUGCUCACCAAGAACCUCCCCAGACUCCAGCCGAGGACCGGAUUGAUCAACAAGCAGAACCCAAGCAACCUCCGAUCUAACCUGGCCUUGAACCGGUUCCAUCAACAACAGAUCCAAUCGAUCCACAUCGAAAACUCGGUCGGAAACACUUUGCCGUUCAAAUUCCGCGGACCCGAGACCUCCAAAGCCGGCCUUGCGGUCAAAAUCGCCAGCUUCUUCUUCGUCGGAUUCUUCACCCCCUUUGCCAUCGCUCGUUAUCAGAUGAAAAAGUCGGGUGCUUGGGCUUGAGUGUCUUGGCUCAUCGAUCACCGUUAUAUUAGUAGUCGCAUCAUGUAGUCAUUCUACCCCUCACUUUUCACCAAGAAAUCCCAUACAAGAUCGCCUCGUCUCAUCACACUUUUUUGCCGAGCAGAUAAAUAAAUAGCUAUCACAUUUUUUUUUCUUCUUAAUUUUUCCUCGAGGGGUUUUUCUCUUUGGUUGAUGCACAAAUGAUUUCUGAUGAGCUCGCCAUUUGUAACGUGGCCUGUGAAUUCACACCACAUCUACAAC